AUGUCUGCCCUUAACACCGACAAGACUUCGACGCAAAUCUCAAACACCCCAAGCACAACCCCAUUGUCUCCGAUCGAUCAUUUGCAAUAUGUCCAGAAAGUCUCUGGCGCUGAAUCAAUGAGUCCUGUUUAUGAGGGCUUCACCUUUUUCAAGGCUAUGCCCAAACAAAGUGCAACCUGGACCUGUGUGAAACGGACAGGAAUGAAUCUGAGCCAAGACGAAUACUUCAAAAUGAUUCAAAAAAGGGCAAAUAAAAAGUCCGCAGUGCAGCAAUACCAGAGCCUAUCCUCCGAUACCAGGCGAGCCCAUAUAAAUCAACUGAUGGACGAACAAAGGCACAACAAUCCACUUGUUGAGUGGAGCUGCGUCUAUGCCAAAGAGAACAGACGGAUAUCCAAGGCCCGACAUGCUCGUCGUGGUGAUUAUGAAACGGUUUCCAUGGAUGUCAUCGUCAUGAAAAGGCCCAUGAAGACACAAGCAUAUUUCCAGGCCUCUAUGGGUGGUUUAGUGACCAACGGGGAACCUUUUCGGUCAGAUACAAAGGAUUCACCCGUGUGGUCUCACUACGGAGGUCAUCCUCUGACGUCGGGUCGAAAUGGGAAUAUCCUGCGGCCCAUGCUUCAAAAUCUGCCUUCCCAAGUGGCUCUAGCAAUGAACCCCUUUGCACCAUUGAAUUCAGCUCGAAGGCCUGACUAUGUGUACCUGAAUGGCCGGGUUGGAGCCACAAGCCCAGAUGUUGAGACGAGUGGAUCGGGAAACCAACUGCAUGAACCUGCCCUAUCAACUGCAACCAUCAACAAUAGGCCAGCAAGUCCAGCCUUCAGUGCUACAAAUAGCAGCGAUAUGAGCCUUGAACGUACCUCAGAUUGUUCAUCGGAGAGUAACAGCGACCCAGAUGAUGCGUCUAUGCUUUCUGACCAAUCCGACGAAUCAUCUGCAACCAACGACCCAGAAAGCAUGGAGACCGAGACUGAGAUCGAACUACUUACCGCCGCGAGUCGAGUUAUGGGGCUAAUUCUCGCCAAAAGUCCCAAAGCCGUAGCCGUGACAGGAAGAAUGCCCCCCCGCGAGCAAUCCGAGGCGCCUCCAGUCAAGAUUCUUGGCUCAAGGCAAGCUGAAAGAGCUCGAUCAGGCUCAUUUUCUGGCAAAAGAUAUCGAAAGCAGCCCAUGAACGACCAUGACAUUCGAAGCCGAAUGCUUGAUCACCGUGAAGCAAGUCUUGGACAUCGGGAGAAAUGGCUGAAGAGAACCUUUUCCGAGGCGCGUCAGCUUGAGCGUCGUCAACCAGCGAGGGAUCCGCCAUCAGUGUGUCGCUGUGCCUGUCGUUGUGCGAUCAAGGAGAAGAGAGAAGCUGCGUAA